CUAAGAUCGUCUUUCGUCUUCGGUUCUUCCUUCCUUGGCUGUUUUCUCUCCUCGUCACCUGCCUGCCCCAUAGUCGAUAAUGGCUCGCACGAAGCAGACGGCUAGGAAGUCUACUGGGGGCAAGGCCCCUCGGAAGCAGCUGGCCACUAAGGCGGCACGCAAGUCGGCCCCUGCCACCGGUGGAGUGAAGAAGCCGCACAGGUAUCGCCCCGGAACGGUUGCACUCCGUGAGAUCCGCAAGUACCAGAAGUCGACUGAGUUGUUGAUCAGAAAAUUGCCGUUCCAGCGGUUGGUAAGGGAGAUUGCGCAGGACUUCAAGACCGAUCUCCGUUUCCAGAGCUCGGCUGUGCUUGCACUUCAAGAGGCUAGUGAAGCUUAUCUGGUUGGUCUUUUCGAAGAUACCAACCUGUGUGCCAUCCAUGCGAAAAGGGUGACCAUUAUGCCAAAGGACAUCCAGCUGGCGAGGCGUAUUAGGGGAGAGCGUGCCUAAGAUGCUCUCACUUGAGAUUUGGCCAGCCUGAGGGUGAGUUGGCUCUUUUCAAUGGUGUAUUUAUACACCACCAAUGUUGUUUAGACAUCUGUCUUCUCUCCGAGGGUGCUCGUACCGUGACGUCCCUUUGUACAGCUUUAGGUAUGCCUGGUGGUUUCGUGUGUAUAUUUCGAGUGAGGUAAGCAGCUUGAAGAUGGGAGGGGAUUCAUGUGCUAACCAGACGUUAUGCAAUGAAUAUGGGAGGGUAUUCAUGUGCUCUUGUUUUUCGACUGUUCGAUUGUAGCUAAAUUUCUGGGGAAUGUGUCGGUUUUCUUUCAUCGCUCGUAUGCCGAUUGAUCCGUUGCAGUGGAGUUUAUGUUGUUGUGGUUGUGGAAUGAGGUUACUUGUAUGAGAAUAUUAUGAAUACGAUGAACGAGAAAUAGGCGGUUGAGGAUGAAGGGAAGGCAUGUGGAAUGUCGGCGCGCUCUUGAGAUAAUACGUGGCAGGAAGGAGCGAAUGCUGAAGUAUGUCCUGUCGGGGUGUGCUAGAGACAACACAAGCCAGGUAGCAGGGAGGGUGUUGGAAGGCUUGUGAAUGACGGAACUGGCGGAGAGUAGUGACCGGACGGGAAAGAAGGCGUGUCGGGCGUAGAUACAGAAGUGGGAGAUUGUACUAGGUUUUCGAAAGUCGAAUCCGAUGCGAAUGAGAACAUACUAGGGUUUCGAAAGUCGAAUCCGAUGCGGAUGAUGAGGGUAAUGCGUUGGCAUUGAGCUUUUUGUGGUUGCACUGAAACAUCUUGUGACAGUUGGUGGUUUGACAAAUGCGAUCGGAAUCUUAGUAUUUUUCUUCUUCCACGUAUUUGACUUGUGAUCGACGGUAUACUUAUGUGACUUGCGAUCGACGGUAUACUUCAUUCCGUCCGUUGUGAUUCUAUUCUCCUUCAGCCGUGGUCGUCUGCCUGCUGUUUUUGUGCUAUGAAGCGGGGAGCACAGUGAAUUAUGUGAGAAUCUCGCUAAUUCCUGUUUCAAGUUGUUCCUGUGACUUGGCUGGCGUGUGUUCUCCGUCGUUAAUCCCUCUUCGUUCAAAGGCCUUCUAGAAGUUGGUGGGUGGGUGUUCUUUGCUGCGUUCUCUCUAUUUUUCCGCUCGCUUGGGUUCCUCUGUGGUUUAGUGUUUUCCCACUUCCUAUUUCAUGUGUUCGUUCUUUCGCCACUCCUUUUUCUAAUAUUAUUCACUUCCUCUAUCUAUCUUCGUUGUCUUAAUGAAUAGUAUCCCUAGUC